UGGUUUGGAGGAGUCGAAAUUAAACGGGACCUCUGCCUGGCAAACAGGGUAUGAAGGUGAUGGUGUAAAAGACACGUGACUGAAACUCUGGGAAGAUGGCAGUCUUGAUGAUGUAAUGAUUAACGAGAGGAAGCAGUUUUGUAUGUUUUGUUUUAUACAACCUUAAAAAUUUAAUCAAUAAAAUGGCGUAUAAGGAACCUCUCUUAAGUGAUUUAAGCGACCGAAACGAUAGAGGAACUGAAAUUGAGAUAAACAUUGGGACUGAUACAAUAAUAUUGACAUUAAAAGAGAAACUAGGAGAGGGUGCUUUUGCAUCUGUGUACAAAGCUUUUGAUAACAGAGGAAAGCCAUUUGCUGUAAAAACAAUUUCAUGCCAGAAUAUGCAGGAAUAUUAUUCUAUAGCUGAAGAAAUAAACAUUCUGUUAAAAUUAAGAAAUCCAAACAUUGUAAGAAUGUAUGCUUUUGAUUAUUUUAACACAACUGCAUUGCUUGUUAUGGAGUAUUGCAAAAAUGGCACAUUAAAUGACCGUUUACGACAACCUGUUGAUAAUAAAAUGCAGUACACUUGGCUAGCUCAAUUGGCGUCAGGUCUGUCAUAUCUGCAUGGCCAUGACAUUGUUCACCGAGAUCUAAAAACAGAAAAUAUUUUAAUCUGUGAAAAUAAUGAUAUAAAAAUAUCAGAUUUUGGUAUUUCUCGAGAAUUUACAUGUGUGAAGAAUGGAAAUGAUAUAGAGAGAUAUCAAAAUAAUUAUUUGUCACAAUAUUUGCAUGCUUUUAUGGGAACAUUUGCUGGUACACCAUUUUGGGUUGCUCCAGAAGUUUUUGAUUUAAAAUAUAAUGAGAAAGCAGAUAUUUUUUCUCUUGGUGUAAUAUUUCAUUCUAUACUAGAACGUCAAUCUUGUAGAUUUGACGGUCAUGAAUAUUUUGGUGUGUUUGUUGACCAUUAUGGUAAAAUGGUUGGCAUAGGCUUAGCCAUGUUCGAAAAAAAGCAAUGGAUUGAUCCAACUUUUAAUUGUGCAAAAAACGAAAAACUUCAGAAGCUUGUGAGAAAUAUGUUGGCAUUUAAUCCAGAGGAGAGGCGAACUUUAGAAACAAUUGAAAUUGAAAUGAAUGAUAUUUUUAUUGAAACUUUUGGUUCUAACAACCAUGAAGAGGAAAAAGAAAAUUGGUUAUCAUCUUGUUGUGAACGCACAUCAAACGAUAAGCCUUACGUUUCAUCUGUUGUGGGAUUCAAAUAUUGUUUAAUUUGUGUUUUGGUGUAUUUUGUAUGUCUAUUCUUAAAUCUUUGUGAAACUGUAUUUAAUAUGUGGUUUUUAAGAAGGUGAAUUUCCACUUAAAAACAAACUAAAAUCAAAAACUAUAUUUCAGCUUUUUUUGCAAAAAGAAAUAGCCAAUCAAAUUAAAGUAUGAGUGGAAAUUCAGCUUUUAAGAGUGAAGUCAUUGGUUAACAUCUAUAAAUUGCAUUUAGGGUUUUGUCGGGUUUCAACGUUAUUAACUUAAAAAUAAAGCAAAGAGCUUUGUUUUAAUUACUCAAGGUUAUGUAUGUAUAAAUAAAUUAUUUAUAACAAUUUGUGUAUUUUAAAGAGUUUUAUUAAUUACGUAUUAGCUGAUGUUUCUCGAGUUAACAGUACGGGAGUCAACAUGUUUUACAAGUCAUGUUUCUUCUGCUUAUUUUUUUCCCUCACACCUACACUAAAAGUUUGUGAUACCACUAUUUAAUGUACUCUAAGAAGUGCCAAUAAUCUAAUCCUUCUGUUCCCUAUAAAAAUCUUUUUUUUACAUUAACACGUAUAUAGUAUUAGAUAGUAUAGUAUUAGAUAAAUUGUCAUUGUAAAGCAGAAAUAUUUUUGCGCAUCUUUUUUGUAAAAUUGCGUAUCUUUUUGUAAAUUAAAAUUUUGAAUUACUGUUUUUGUUUUGCGCACGAAAAAUAAAAUAAUAUUGUAAUACUUUUUUUUAUCGUUACCCUUAACCCUAUUAACAACGGAAGCCAGGGUGCUAUAAAGCUCCCAUGGCUUUUUUGAUUACGCUUAACUUUUUUUAGUUAUGUGUAUUAGUGCUAGUGAGGAGGAGUAUGGAGUUAUAUAUGGGACAAUAUUCGUGUAUGGCUUUUGUGGCGUCGUAAAUGCUUUUUGUCGCGUCGUAUCUUUCUUCGUGGUGUGGUUUUUGUCGCGUCGUAUCUUUUUUUGUGGGGUGGUUUUACGUUUCGUCGAGUCGAAAUUUGUGUUCGUAUUUCACUUCGGAGCGAAAAUUUUUAUGCUUUUUUAACACGAAAUUACUAAAUUCGUGU